UUAACUUUAAUGACUUCAUUAUCGCUAUUGCACUAUCAAUCCUCAUUUGAAAUAUAAUAAUAUGCUGAAUUUUCUCUCAGUCCCCGAACAUUGUUUUUCCAGCACUGUAUAACGGUUAAACAUUUUGUGUCAUAAAAACGGCGUUAAAAGACAGCAAUAAAGGAGAGUCGUCAACAACAUACAGUCAUGCAAAGCCAACAUCUAAAACUCGCUUUCUUCACUUUAUUCGUGGUUCUGAACGUGAAUUUUUGCACGGGAUGCUCAUGUUCCUGGAUGCCUUUGGAAAGUUUAUACUGUACAAGUAAUUUCGUCAUCAAGGCUAAAGUUCUUACCGAAUUAGAACCUCCAUGGCAAAACCAGGGAGUGCCAGAAGGCGUUUCUACCACAACAGAAUCGUGGCUGUCCAAAUACAACAAAUAUUUGGAAUAUACAUAUGAAAUUGAAAUUGAAGAUGUGUACAAGUCAACACCUAUAUAUGAAGAUGCGGUGAAAGUUAUAACAAUUAAUGGAAUCGGGGGAUGUCUUCGGAGACUUCACCCUGGUAACACAUACUUCUUGAUGGGCUACGUCACCUCACCCACCCUUUCCAUUAGCCAUUGUGACGUUGCAUAUAAUUUGGAAUAUGAUUGGGCAGAAGAAACAGCUGAAGGACUGAUAAGCGAGCCACCAGUAUGCGGGGAACCAGAAUAUUAUACUUUGGAUGAGUACUUAAAGAAUAACAACCUGGAAAAGAAAAAUUCUGUCCGAUCGAAGUUAUGGAGGAAAAUAUUCUCAAACAAGUAAUUUGACAAGAAUAUUAUUAUGCUAUGAUAUUCUGCAUAAGAAACAUACAUGUGCAUUAAUGAAAUGGUAAAUUCAAUAAAAGAAAAUAGAAUAAAUCUUACAAGGA